GAAAAGUACUUUCAGAAAGACUUGAAGAUGAAUAUCCAAAGUUUCUGUCCGUAUGGAAUGAAGAGCAUAAUGGAGUGUAUUUCCAGGGCGACACUUCUCUCGCAACCUACUGACAUCCCCUGCUUUUUACAGCAGUAUUUGUCAGAGCUGAUCAGUUUUAGAAAAUCGUACCCUAAAACUGACCCGAAGAUUGUUUCCUUCUCCUACCAAGAGAUGUGGGAGAAUCAGUUCCUGAAAACGGUGAAUCCGAUCACCACCAAGAAGUCACCGGUUCCAUCUCCGACUGAGCUAAAGGAGGCCCUGAGGACAUUCUAUACAGAUUUGGCGUCUUCGGGUCAACAAAAAAAGUUCACCCCAUUAGCAAAAGAAAAACAUCCCUCUGCAACUCCCAUGUUCGUACCAGCACCACCUCCCUGUGUUAGAAGAAAGGCUGUAAAGAAUGUAGCACCACCUGUCCUUAUUGUUAAGGGAGACAAGAAGCCUGCACCACCACCAUGCGUUGAAAGAAAGGUGGGGAAGGAUGUAGAACCACCUGUCCUUAUUGUUAAGGGAGACAAGAAGCCUGUCCCACCUCCCCGUGUUGAAAGAAAGGUUGGGAAGGAUGUAGCACCACCCGUCCCUGUUGUAAAGGUAGACAAGAAGCCUGCACCGCCACAAAGCGUUAAGAGAAAGGUGGGAGAGGAUGUAGCACCCCCCGUCCCUGUUGUAAAGGUAGACAAGAAGGCUGCACCACCACAAAGCGUUGAAAGAAAGGUGGGAAAGAAUGUAGCACCACGUGUCCUUAUUGUUAAGGGAGACAAGAAGCCUGUCCCCCCUCCCCGUGUUGAAAGAAAGGUUGGGAAGGAUGUAGCACCACCCGUCCCUGUUGUAAAGGUAGACAAGAAGCCUGUCCCACCUCCCCUUGUUGAAAGAAAGGUGGGGAAGGAUGUAGCACCACCUGUCCUUAUUGUUAAGGGAGACAAGAAGCCUGUCCCACCUCCCCGUGUUGAAAGAAAGGUGGGGAAGGAUGUAGCACCACCCGUCCCUGUUGUAAAGGUAGACAAGAAGCCUGCACCACCACAAAGCGUUGAAAGAAAGGUGGGGAAGGAUGUAGCACCACCUGUCCUUAUUGUUAAGGGAGACAAGAAGCCUGCCCUCCCCAUGAAAACACAAGCAUUUGUGAAGGACGAUGGAGAGGCAUGGUCCUCCGGCUUGAUGAUCCACGUCUGCUGGAAGGGGGACAGAGAGGCCAGGAUGGACCCUCCAAUCCAGACAAGAGUACUGGUGCUCUGGUGA